AGGAAAUCAACUUCACUUCUUACCGAACAACCCGUGGUUUCAGGCAACUAUCUGUAGCUUUUGCUAUAUGAUACAAAUUCUUGUAGAAAGUCUCGAUUGUUUGCUUGAAACAUGGGCAUCUUCACCAUCCCUUCUUAGCCAACAUAACUGUUGCCCGAGCCAUGUGAGCACUAGAUUCUGUGUUGUACACCUAGACUACUCGGGCGCAACAGAAGCAAUUAUGCAUUCCUAGGCACUGAUUAUGCUAGGCAGCGCUAUAAGGCCCUUUGCUAUUAUGCAUUUCCCUCAAUGCUUGAAGUUCAAUGUUGGAGUAGGCAACCAUC